UGCUGCGUCUUGCAAGCUGUGCUGUCAAUGUGCUGUCAGUGCAAAAUGUCAACUUGUUUGUUUAUGUUGUGAACGCGUUGGUUCGUAUUUUCCGGUGAACGUCUGUGCGUUGGUGGAAAAUUUGCUUUUCUGUUUAUAUAUCGUGCGAAUAUCAGCAAAAUGUCUAAACGUAAAGCAAGCUACGUGGUGGAGGAAGAUAAUUACCUUGACGAUUUGGUGCGCGAUAAACAGAACAAUCAACCGUCAACGAGCAAACAUACGCUCGAUUCCGACGAGGAGGACGACAGCGGUGAUGAUGCUCCGUACAACGUUCUGGAUGACAAUGAGAUCAUGGGCGAGGAAGAUGGAGCAGCCCGAACGGAUGGAGAGACCAAGAUUACCCCGUUCAACAUGAAGGAAGAAAUGGAAGAAGGUCAUUUUGAUGCGGAUGGGCACUAUCUAUGGAAAAAAACAGUCGAGGUAAAGGAUCAUUGGUUGGACAACAUCGAUUGGGUAAAGGUGAAGAACGAUCCCAACUAUAAAGAACGGCCGGAUAAGGGAGAAGAGCGAGGGCUGGCAGAUUCUGAUUCGGACGACGACGAAGAAGAGGCUGCUGGUGGUGUAAAGUUUGACGAUAUUGGCACUUAUCAGCAGAUGCUCAAGUUGAUGGAACCGAAGGAAACGGUGAAGCGUGCGCUACAACGAUUGGGCAAAGGUACGGCCAAACUGACGACAGCUCAACGCUGGAAGUUGAAAAAAGAGGGAAAAUCGCCGGAUGAGCAGAGUGCAAAGAUAACGAAGCUUACGCAGCUGUCGAACGAUAUACUUACCAACAAUGGCAACAUGGAUGUGUACGAAGAAACGUUCGAAAUGAUUCAGAAGAAGGUGUCCGACGCGGAGAAGAAGAAAGCGGCCGCAGCAGAUGCCGGGGACGAGCUGGAUAUGUAUGCGGAUGAUUUCGGUAGCCGGGAACAGAGUAAACUCGGUACAGAUACUGAUAAGAUGAAACAUUCUAUCCCUGAAAAGGAGAGUGACGCGACGGAAAAUAGCACAGAAGAAGAAAGCGAAAAACAAAAGAUUCUUAAAUGGGAGUAUAAAGAGCAGCAGGACGAUGAAACGGUUCACGGUCCGUACACGACGGAGCAAAUGCAAAAGUUUGCAGACGAAGGGCGAUUUACUAGUGGAGCGUUCGUACGGAAGGUCGAUAGUGAUGAUGCCCGGUUCUACUCUGCAGCGAGGAUUGAUUUUGACCUAUACCUGUAAUUAGAUAGGAGAUACAAAGCCACAAACAUACUACAUAUGCUAAGGUUUUUCUAAUAAAUUAAACAUUUCCACAAGCAGUACAACUAAAGAAGUGCACCGAUGAUCUAGAACUAUACCGAACCAGUUGUGUUGUAGUGAAACAAUUAUGUUAAUAUGAAAAUACGCAAAACUGCACCACCUUCGGUGAGGCUACCGGUCCAAUUACAAAAAGUACAAAAAGCUUUACCUGCGGAAGCUCGUCAAAUUCCAGCGCCAUCCGGAACGAUUGGCAAACGCGGGCGUUGUGACAGAUUCGAAAGCAAUUAAUUUAAUUUUUGCACGAAUCAUUAACAUAUUCACCCGCAAUUCUUUUAGGUUACUCCGUCGAGUUGAUGGCGACGAUGCGGAAAGAGGAUAUGUUCAAAAGGAUCGUUGAGCAAAAGUGUCUGGAGCAGGAGAUGGCUUCCGAAUUUCAAUCGAGCACAGCUAAAGCGGUUCGCAAUUUCCGCGAGGGACAUCUAAAGAAGAGCUUUAUUUAUCUUAUUUAUCGUAGGAAUCCAAAACAUAAUAAAAUCCAUGGUAUUGGUUAUGUUGCUCCAACAAAAACAUUUAUUUAAAAAAAAAAUCGUUUAUCAAAAACUUAUCGCAUAAUACUCCUAUUUUCCACCGGUGAUGUCUUUAAGAUUAACAAUAUCUGCAGCCGCAAUACGCUUUUCUAUAACUAUCUGUUCGUUCUGCCGCUUAAGCGUUACUGAUGCACUUUGAUCUCUCAUACAACUAAACAAAAUCACCUAAAGCCAAUUCUGUUGUUGCUCUACAUAAUAGCACUGAUUUCCUAACUUACUCUCUUAGGGUUAUGCAUCCUCCUGACAGCUAUUUCAGUCCUUUCAUCGUUAAAUAAUAGACAAAAACACGACACACAAUUAUUGUUCUUAAACUGAUUGUAUCUAACAAUAGUGCUUUUCAGUCCAGGAUGGAUUCGAAUGAGAGUAGAGGCAAGAAAAAGAACGGUUCAUUUUGAACUUCCAUCCGCAUUAGAAUCCUGCAACUACGGAGUUUGUGCGUCUUUUGAUCGUUUGCGAUUGAGCAUCUUUGCCUUCAGUGCAUGGGAGACUCUUAGACAUAGCGGGUUACCUAGGAUCAGAAAACAUGGUCAUGUGUGCUUCAUUUAAUACUAGAGUUAUCACUAUGUUUGUUCAAAAAUCUCAUUGCUUGUUUAUUUCCAUACGUCUAUACGAUCCUUUCAUUUCCAUCUUAUUCAUUCGUUUUCGUUUAAGAGUUAAAAAAUAAAAUUAACACGCAGAACAUAAAUUAGAGAGCGCUCUACUGUAUAGUU